AUGUCGCGCUCUGUAAUUCGCAUCGUCUGCAGACGCUCAUACGGGACUGUCCAGGGAGCGUCGACUUCAUCAGCGACCGGCGCCCCGGUUUCUCCCUGGACAUCUCCCAAAAUCCCAGCCGCUCUGAAAGAUGCCACGGCCGCCCAGACGCCGCGAACGACGUGGAGUCGGGAGGAGAUUCAGCAGAUUUACGAGGCUCCCUUGAGCCAGCUGACACAUUCUGCUGCAAUCGUCCACCGGCGGUUUCACGACCCGGCCGCGAUUCAAAUGUGCACCCUGAUGAACAUCAAAACCGGCGGAUGCAGCGAGGACUGUUCAUACUGUGCGCAAUCAUCGCGCUACAACACAGGUCUCAAAGCUACAAAGCUGUCGGCUGUCGACGACGUACUGCAGGCAGCUCGAAUGGCCAAGAAGAACGGCAGCACGAGGUUCUGCAUGGGCGCGGCAUGGCGGGACAUGCGUGGACGCAAGUCGGGCCUGAGAAACAUCAAAGAAAUGGUCACGGGUGUGCGGGAGAUGGGAAUGGAAGUCUGCGUGACGCUGGGCAUGAUCAACGCGGAACAAGCCAAGGAGCUGAAAGACGCUGGACUGACCGCAUACAACCACAACCUGGACACGUCGCGCGAGUACUACCCGAGUAUCAUCACGUCUCGCUCCUAUGACGAGCGACUGCAGACGCUGAGCAACGUGCGUGAUGCUGGGAUCAACGUUUGCUCCGGUGGUAUUCUGGGGUUGGGAGAGGCUGAUUCAGACCGUGUUGGUCUUUUGUACACAAUGUCUACGCUGCCCUCUCACCCAGAGUCAUUCCCCGUCAACGCUCUCGUGCCGAUCAAGGGUACACCUCUCGGCGAUAGGAAAAUGAUCUCAUUUGACAAGCUCCUACGCACCGUCGCGACGGCACGCAUUGUGCUACCGGCAACGAUUGUCCGUCUCGCAGCCGGCCGUAUCAGUCUGUCAGAGGAGCAGCAAGUGACGUGUUUCAUGGCCGGUGCCAACGCGGUGUUUACCGGCGAGAAGAUGCUGACGACAGAUUGCAAUGGCUGGGACCAGGACCAUGAAAUGUUCCAACGAUGGGGGUUUUAUCCGAUGAAGAGUUUUGAAGGGAAGAAAGCAGACGAGGCAGUCGUCUUGCCAGAGGCGACCAGCGAGGGCGCGGUUGCGAGAGGGUAA